AUGUCUUCCAAGCAAGAUCUACUUUCUUGGAUCAUUCCUGGCAAGAAGAUGCAACCCGUUGCUACUUUCACGUGUAGCUCAGCAGGGGAUCAAGACGAUAAUGAUGAUGCCAGUGUAGUUUUAGAUAGUGAUGAAAAUACAGCAACUCUAGCUAAUUUUCCAGACUUCUCUGUCAAAGCUGAGCCGUCUUGUUUGAUUUCAGAGUCUAUAUCAUCCAACUCGGUUUCUGAUAUUCUCGCUACUAGUGCACUUGCUUCUCAACCCAAUCAUGGUCUGUUGACUAGUCACGGUAGCUCCUCUGCCCUGUCGAUUCAGUCAACUACUGAAACAAUUUAUUACCCUCGCCGACUUUAUUCCAAUGAACCUAUUCUUCCUGCACCGCUUGCCUCCAUAGUCUCGUCGAUUUCAACUAUAUCUCGUGUUUCGAUUAGAAUAGCCUCUGUCAUUGCAGGCGUCACUUUUGAUUCACUCAAAUUUGGCGUAUCUACUUCAUUUGAUUUGGGUCGUCGAGUCAUGGUCUCUGCUGCAUCAUCAGCACGAACCCUGCAUUCGAUCGCUGCUCGACACGAGACGGUAUCCGCCGAUCAUGGUCCUUUUUUCAAUGUACUUGAUAAAUAUACCGAUACAAGUAUUUACAUAAUCCAUACUGCCUUUUCUUUGGCAGAGCUUUUGACAUUAUCUACAUUUCAUAUUGCUUCUACCACGGUGAAUUUUUCACUACAGGCCGCUGAGGAGUUUGUUCAAACUUUUGACGGUUUGUUUGGCGAAACAGAUACAUCAAAGACGCUUGCUGCGUUUGUUUGCAUAUUUAUGGAAGAGUGGCGUGGACAGGAUGAUGCUCUUGGACUGAGCACUCAGAUAGGAAAGUUGUCUGCACUCGGUCAAAUUUCUAAAGCGAUGCUGGCGUAUUGUUGUCUUCAAUAUGUCACGAGAAAACGAUGGAGAAGUUUAAUAGAGCUGGAGCCUGUGUUUGUUGGACGAGCUGGAAAAACAAAAACAUAUGAUCCUUCCAAUGAUUUCUUUACAUUGAAUUUCUUUGAUACCAGUGGUCCACUUUCUUGCAAUCCAUCGCCUGCUUCAUAUGUUCCAAUACAGCCCAUUAGUUUUUUGGAUGAAGACAUGCUUUUUUCAAAACUACCAAGACGUCGUUCGUUUAGUCAACACGGACUUUCUACUCGUGCAUCUAUUCCUGCCGCACUUCGAAUGACAAAUGGUUCAUUAUCUAUUUCAACCACCCCUGAUCUUUCUGGAUCAAAUAUUCCACGUCGUCGAUGUGUAUCUGGGCCUCUUGGUGAUGCUUCAUUUAUGCAUGGCAUGACAUACUCACCAGAUUCAAUCCGGUUUACACCUAACGAGUCUUUCUUUUCCUACUACAGCCCAUGCUUAACAGCUCAAUCCAAUAAUAUGGAUUUGGAGGCUUCCCAAAAGGCUUUUACGGAUUGUUCUGAAACAUCAAGUUUAGCCAAGGCGGUAGAUACGCACUACUUACUUGACGAGGAACCAGUUUUGGAUCCAUAUAUAGGAACUGUAUCCAAACUUAUACCACCCGAAGCAAGUAAAACGACCAAGCUGCCGAUUUCAGUAGUUUCUGACCGAUCUCGUGUAGAGUUUGCUUUUCGAUACAUCAAGUUUGCUACAGGAGCAUAUGGGACCAACUUUUUAAAACUUAUGGGUCUUGGAACCUCGCGUGAGCACACGUACAAGACUGAUGGCGAUCACCAUAAUCAUCAGUCUCUUGCCAAUCAUGCACGAAUUCCUGUAGAGCAUAUUGUUACUUCAUCGUUUUUAACACCAAACAAAACAGAUCCUUCGAAACAUCAAGCACCUGUACAUUAUGUUGUUGUGGAUCAUGAAACCAAGUCUGUUGUUGUUAGUUUGCGUGGAACUUUGGGUAUCUCUGAUUUAGUAACUGAUCUUUCUGCAAGCUAUCUUUGCUAUAAAACUUUACAAGGACUUGAAGGAUAUGUGCAUUCUGGUAUGUACAAGUCUGCUCAGCUGAUCUCUAAAGGACCAGUCCGAAAAGCUGUGAUUGAUACACUUGAAGAGCAUCCUGGAUACGCGCUGAUUCUAACUGGCCAUAGUCUAGGUGCAGGAUGUGCUGCAUUACUAUCUGUUAUUUGGUCAACCCGUAUUACCCAUUGGAAUGGCCAGGAUGAUUUUGUGACGAAUGAGGCAGAAGGACUACCUGUCCGACCCAUCCACUGCUACGUGUUUGGGCCUCCUGCUAUCAUGUCAGCUGAAUUGUCUCGAAGCUACAAAUCCUUGAUUAGCACAUUUAUUUUUCGAAAUGAUGCUAUUCCACGACUCUCUCUUGGCCUUAUCCGUGAUUUUCGAAAUGUAACAGUCACUCUAUGCCAUGAUAAAGGAAUGGCAGAGAAAAUCAUUAUGCAGGUAUUGGGAAUGUUUAAAAAAAAUCAUACUCCAGCAGUGCUGACGGGGGUUGAUUCUGAAUCGGAUGAACUGUUGCACUGGGCCACACUCAAGACUCUUCGGGCGGACAUGAAGGCUGAGAAGUUAUAUCCUCCAGGCACAAUAUAUUGGAUUAAUGCCAACACUGGGAAAUUGCUGGCUCAACCACCUCAUCCACUUAAACCGGACACAUCACAUCUGCCACAGCCAGCAGGGUUUCCCGCGCUACCAUCUCCGUUACCAGCUCCAGCCUCAGCCCCAGAGCCAAGUAAAACCACUCCUAUAUCUAUUCACAAGGUUCAAGAUGUAGAAAUGGCAUUUUCUGAGCUUGCCUUUUCUACCAAGAUGUUUACCGAUCAUUCACCACAUCAUUAUGAGGGAACACUUGAGCUGCUUGUACGUAGCAUGGCUGCAUCUGAAUGA